CGAACAUCUUGGAGUUGAGUGUUCUCGGAGCGGGCCGCCAAGCCGCCGCUUGGAGAGCCGAUGCCCCGGGCCCCCGAGGAGGCAUCGGAUGUGGACGUUAUCGGGCAGCAAGGGUGGCGGGCCCAAAGAUGUCCGUGUAGGUCCGUAUCCUCCGCCUCCUGGGAUCCUUGGACGUCGGUUCACCAGGCGGGUGAUAUGUGUGUAGUGUCCAGGUUCGCACUCUCCUUGUUCAUCAUCCUCUUCGUGCCCAGAGUGCUCUGGCUUUGAUUGGGGAUGGCCGCGACUUGUACACGACGUUGGCUAGUGGGGCAGGGGCGACCUUGAAUCGUUGGCCUGCCAGCUGGUCCCAGAGCAAUCUGUCGUGUCUUGGUCGAGGGCCGUCGGCUCCCAAGGUUGCGGAUAAGCAACUACGUACAGCCCGUGGUCGUUUUGGCUCCAGCCGCUCCGACGCGAACACACACGACGCACAUACAUAUUAUACACACACUGACCGAACCCGCGCGGCCGAGCUCCAUCCUCCAGCUGCAAUGGCCCCGCUCCCGCGCCUGGCCCUCCUCUCCCGCCUCGUGCUCGAGGGCGCCUCGGCGCUGGGCCUGGCCGCGGAGCAGGGGGCGUCGAGCUCCGCGGCGGAGCUCCUCGCCGCGAAGCACCUCCACGCAGGGCAGGGCGCCUCGGCGCUGCGCCUGCAGGCGGGCUCGGGAGGGCGCGCGGGCGUGCUGCAGACGCCCGAGGAGCUCGGAUUCUCCGGCGACGCCGGCGACAUGGAGAGCGACGGCGAGUCCCAGUUCGGGGAGAAUUUCUGCCUGGACAUCGGCGCGAAGGGCUUCCCGAUCCCCACACAGAAGAUGCUCCAGGCGGUCGACUGGGACGCGGCGGCGUACUUCGCGCAGCUGCAGGGGGCAGGGUACGCCGAGGACGCUCUGCAGAUGACAGGCCCCGACGCAGCCAUGCUGAAGUCGGACUGCAUGAAGGAGCGCGGUCACGGCCGAGUCAAGCACAUCUUUGUGGGCGAUUCGCAGAUGAUGUCACUCCGUAACGCGUUCCACCGCCUCAACAAGUGCCCUGAGAUCUGGUGGUCCAAGAACGACACGCGCUUCAUUGAUGACAUGAUGGUGGCAGUGCGGAGGAACGAGAAAGACGGGCCAAAAAUGAAGAGCAGGGCCCGCUUCCACUCUCACUCCCAGCAGACCCCGAAUGUUACGGAGAUGCCCCACGGCUGCACUGAGGGAGGCAUUGCAUCUUUUAUCCACUGGGACGGCUGGGUCAGCCACCAGCUGCCCGUGAAGGAGAUCAAGAGGGAGAUGGAAUUGCUUGGCGUGGAUCCUGCAGAGGGGGACACGAUUGUCGUCUGGGUUGGCUCGAACUUCAUCCCUGCAAGCCACAGGAUGUCCGCCUUGCUGGAGUCUAUCAACAAGCUCCACGAGCUGAAGGUCAAGAUGGUGUGGGACUCACCGACCUUCCAUGACGAGGUUAUCAUGGCCGCCACGACGACCUACGACGGUGGUCGCGACCCGCGCACCAACAUCCCUAUCGCUUUCAACUCCAUCCUUCAGCGGAAGCUCAAAGGGCGUAUGGGGUCGAACCAGUACCGCACCGAGAAGGAGCUCUUCCAGCAGGGCAUCGAGGUCCCCACCACGAAGCGGUGGCAGAUCUCCAACCGCUACCGUGGGCUCCAGUGCGACGGCAUCCACUCUGACAUGCGCGCCAGGGACCCCCUCUUCUUCGACAUGCCAUGCCCCAUGGGCCAGCAGAAAUACGGUCAGUCCACCUAUUGCGCUUGGGUGGAGCCUUUUAAGAAAGAGCUGAGCGGCAUGUGCCCAGUAGCCAACGGGCUGGAUGAUUUGGUGCUUCAGAGCGGGCUCUACGCCAUGUGCGCUGCGCACAAGGAGCCAUUCUGCUACAUGCACACCGAGCUCAUCCGCUGAGGUCUUGAAACUAGGGCCUCAAAGAGUGAGGGACAUGCAGUCAUGAGAUCUGAAUCGUCUGGCCACGAAACUGAUUAGAUUUGCUUUUUGCGCUCUGGCACUCCGGUGUCGCGUGCUGUUUUUACGAGUUUGGGCGCAUGACGCCAAUGCCUUCGCCCACACGAUCCUGCGCCCACGGCGUCUUGUCUGGCGAUCUUUGACUAGUUUCGCACGUGUCUGGCGUAUGGUUUGACUCUUCUUAUUUCUCCUCCAAUAUCCGCCUGUGGGUGGACAUGCCCGACCUGACCAUUGUGGGGACCCUUCUGCUGUCGUUUUGCCCCUUCGCGAAGCGCAGUUCGGCAAAAAGCAGGCCCGCCCCCCGGCGGAAAGCCAGCGAAAGUGACGAAACGCGACCCCUAAGGGACGAACAUCUUGGAGUUGAGUGUUCUCGGAGCGGGCCACCAAGCCGCCGCUUGGAGAGCCGAUGCCCCGGGCCCCCGAGGAG